AUGUCUUCGCGCUAUGAUGAUUACCGUUCUUCGACAGGCACUCUAGAUUCUCGCGAUCGUUACGACCGCCACUCUCGCGGUCCACCUGUUGCUGAGCGAGAGCGCUCUCGAGAACGCUCUCGCUUCCGCGAAGAAGACCGCUUUGAAUCCCGUCUCCGUGAAGAUGACCGAUAUGGCCCCCCGGCGCGCGCAGCAGGUCGAUAUUACGAGGAUGAGCACCUGUCCCAUCCGUCUUCUUCUGGCCCCUUGGUGGCGCAUGACCGUCGCCGUCGUCGUGAUGAGAGCCCCUCAUUCACUAAGCCCCGUCUACUUAGGCGCCAGUCGUCCCUCGAUACCUUUGAUCGCAUCCCUCGCCGCAAGAUGGAAGCUUUUGACCGUGCUCCUCCCCGCAUGCCCCCACCUCCGGCACAUCGUCCUUCACCCGGGCGAUACCGUGAACGUGAAGUCUAUGAAGACAUCCGCAUCGCUGAACCGGACUACUACGGCGACGAAGAAUUUCGAGAAUUCGAUGAUAGAGAGAGAAUGACGAUGGAUCGUCGUCAUCGUCGCUCGAGCAGUGGUGCUCGUCACCGUCAUGAAGAGAAACCAUACCCACGCAAGGGCAAGACCCGCAUUCCUCGGAAAUGGGUGCAUGUCCACGCUAUCUUGGAUCUGGGGUACCCUUUCAAGGAGGAGGACGAGACGAUCAUUAUUCAGAAAGCAUUGUCUAAGGAGCAAAUCGAUGAAGUGAUCAGUCUCAGCAAAUCCUUCCGCCGUCCAGCCCACACAGAAACUGAAUAUCUCCGUAUCCCUCGAUCCCCGGUUCGACAACUGCCCCCGGAACGUGUCACCACCGAGUAUCUCGAGGUCGACAGUCACACCACUCGUUCUCAUCACCACUCGCCUCGCUCGAGCCAUGACGCCUUUAUCGUCGAAGCCUCACCAUCGCGCCGCGAGGAUAUAGAGUACGAAGAAAUCGUCGAGCGACCCCGGCCUCGACCUCGCGCUGUCUCUCGGCCCCGAUCCAUUUCCGUGCAUGGACGCCGUCGGGCGGUGUCUUCAGUACAGUUGGUUGAACCUCGAAGUCACUUCGAGGAACGAAUCGACUCUCGACCACACUCUGGUCAGAUGAUGGUUGUCCGUCCUCGGGAUAGUGAUUACGAAGUCGACUCAUAUAUUCGUGAGCUAGAAGAAGAAACGAGAUUGUUGCGACUCGAGCGCCAGGGUGGUAUUGAGAUCACGCGACAACGUGAAACUGAUACCAUUGACAACAGAGGCAAUGCGGAGGAGAAGAUUGAGGUCAACAAAUCUGAGCGUAAAGAACCUAACUCUCGAGUGAUGCGCGCUAUGUUUGCGACCCUGACAUGA